AUGUGCCACAAGCCGGCUAAAUUCACUAGGGAAGCCACCCCAGAUGAGGCUGACGCAUGGCUCCGAGAAUGCAAGAAGAUAUUCAGAGUGAUAGAGUGCACGGAGGACCAGAAGCUUAAUUUUGCCACAUUCCUGUUGGUGUACGUGGAGAGGUUUGAGUACCUCUCGAGAUUCUAUUCCCAGGCAGUGGCGGAGGAGUGGCGCUGUAGGAAGUUUGAGGGCGGUCUCAAACAUGAGCUGAGGCGUUUUAUCGUACGAUUGAGGGUACGAGAGUUUCCGAUCUUGGUGGAACAAGCCAAGAGUGUCGAGCAACUUGAGAUGAGACCUAGUCGGGUCAACCGAACCCAGGAGAGCAGUACUGAGGGCAGACAACAAAAGAAGCCCUAUAGUAGAGCAGUUUCAUCUGCACAGAAACUGAGGUGUUAUAACUGUGGAGGGGAACACCUACAGAGGGACUGCAUUAGACCCGCCAGCAGCGGAGGCAGUGGUGUGAGCACUCGAAAGUGCUAUGCCUAUGAUCAGCCAAGACAUUUUGCCAACAAAUGUCCCAAUAGGAAGACUACUCUAGUAGCGCGGACAACGCCAUCUUCCUCUGACUGGCCGAGAGCAGUAGGCUGGGUUUUUGCCAUGACCAGCACCGAGGCCACCUGGUCAGGUAACCUGAUUCUGGACCAUUGUUUGCUUUUUGGUAACAGUGUGUUAGUGUUGUUUGAUUCAGGAGCUUCACACCCCUUCAUAUCCCACGAUUGUGUGGAGAGAUUGGGGUUGUCUACUCGUGACCUGGGAUGUGAGUUGAUAGUCUCGACACCGGCAUCUAGACAUGUUUGA